AUGACACCAAUCGGAUUCGUCGACCAGGGCAACAGCCUUGUCACCGGUCACCUCGAUGCAGAUGUUUUUCCUGACGUGGCUGUUGUCUCGGGAUUGACAGGCAAUCUCGUCUGGUUUCGCAACACCCAGUCGUUUGGCUGGUCAUCGGCCAACACCAUCUCCAUCGGCCGGCUGGAGACGCCGAGCUAUCUUGUCGGAUACGACUCGGGCGGUGAUGGCCUCCUGGAUUUGGCAUCUGCUUCCGAUUCGAGUACCGACACCACCCUUGACUUUUAUCGCAACACCGGUGGCGCCUUUGUCCACGUCGAGGUCGUCCCGCCCGGCACCUCGCCCUACGCCCGAUUCACCUAUCUCGUCAUGGCCGACUUUACCGGCAACACUCUCGCCGACAUUGCCGUCGUCGAUUCUGAAGCUGCCACUCCUACCAUCGUCCACUUUGUGCAGACCGCGCUUGAUACCUUUGCCGCUGGCGCCUCGAUCAUUCCCUCGGCCGCCCUGCUCGACAAGCCAGGCGCCAUGGCCGUCGCGGACAUCGACGGUGACGCAGACUUUGAUCUGGUGGUGGCGAGCCAUCACAGCGCGCCGGGCAGUGUGUACUGGCUGGAGAACGGCGGCGGUGGAAGCUUUGUCGACACGGUUCAUCCUAUUGCCUUCAAUUAUCCGCUUCUGGACGAGUCCAGGACGAUUGGCGUCGCCGACUUUGACCGCGAUGACUUGAAAGACGUCGUCUUAGCCUCGCGCAACAACAUCAUGCUCUGGAUCCGCGGCGCCAGCGCAAACGGGACAGCAUGGGAUCCCCCGCGGUUCAUUACUGACGCCCAUCUGGAUGCACCAUCGCAGAUUGUCAUCGGUGACAUGGACGGUGACGGCGAUCCCGACCUUGCCGUGGCAGCAAGGGGCAACAACGUCGCCACCUGGCUCGGCAACCGGUACGAUGGCGGUGCCGGGGACAUUGAGAGCAUGUGGGAGGAGCCGCGGACAAUUUCAGAGUGCAACACGUGCCAGACCGUUGGCCUUAUGGACUUCAACAUCGACGGCAAGCUCGACGUGGUCGUCGCCGAUCGCGCCAAGGACAAGCUCCUUCUCGCCCGCAACUCGCCGCUGGACGUCUUUGGCAACACCCUCAUGGACCUCUCCACAGACUCGCCCGAGACCAUGGAGUCGCACGACUUUGACGGCGAUGGUGAUCAGGACUACCUCGUCUCCUCAGCCUCAACCAACACCGUUAAGUGGAUCGAGAACACAGAUGGGCUCGGCGGCACCUUUACCACCCGUGUCCUCGACACUACUCUAACAGGCGUGAGCCGGGCGGCGGCGGCCGAUCUCGAUCUCGAUGGCGACAUCGACAUCCUCGCUGUCUCGCCCUCACUCUACAAAGUUGUCUAUGGGCUUAACGCAGGCGUGAACUUGUUUGCCGAUGUUGCUGCUGCCGGAUGGACCGGGACGGCGUUGCAUGUUCCGGGCCUGGCGGUCAGCCUCAUUGUGCCAGUCGACAUCGACGCCGACGGCGAUGUCGAUCUCGUCGGCUCCUCGCCCACAGAGCUCUUCUACCUCACCAAUCAGCUCAUCGAGUGGGGCAACAAGACCAUCGGCUUCUUGCCGCGAAAUGUCAUCGACACAUUCGUCCAGCUGGUCCAGUUCGAGGUAGCGCCGAUGAACGUCGACGUAUGGCCGGACAUUGUUACGGCCGACAAGACCACCGGCGCCGUCCACAUCUACCUCGGCUCGGCCUCGGGUAGCUUCACGGCAGGACUCUCUGUAGCUGCGUCAACAGAAGCGGAUCCUGUGUCGCUGAUCUACGCCGUGGCGCUCAUUGAUGCUGACAGAGAUGGCGAUCUCGACAUCGCCUGUGCAGCUGCAGCUGAAGGCUUUGUGCUCCUCAUCAACAGCGGCGAUGCCGUGUUUGACUCCUCUGUCGCCGGACGGACCAACUUCUCCACCGCUGUGGCCAAAGAUGUCGACGUCGGCAUGAUGGUGGCCGACUAUAAUGGCGAUAGCAUCGACGAUCUCAUCUACCGCGGCAGGCUCGAGCCCGGCGUCCUCGGCUUCUUCGAGGGCGUCGGCGAUGGCUCGUUCGUCACACAGCUUGUCGACGGCUCGUUCGAGAUCUCGCUCUCUACCGGCGUCGACUUUAACCAAGACGGCGCCAUCGAUGGCGUGGCCGAGUACCUCGGCACCAUGGGCUGGUUCCGAGGCACAACACUCUUCCGCGUCCUCGAUGCCGUCUCGCCGAAGAAGAUGAUCCUGUCUCUGGCCAAGCUCGGCUCCACCCUGGCCCGACUGUCCUACUACAUCGGCCUCGCCUCGGGCUGUGCCACCGACACCAUCGUGCUCCCGCCGCACGCUGCGUUGUAUGGAUGCUUUGACACCGGCCCGUAUCCGCUGUACAAGUCGAUGGUGAUUGACGGUAACGGCGCGACCAUCGACUGUCGCCUCGGCUCUGGCGGUGGCCUGUUUGACAUCCGCGAGGGCGCGAUCGUCACCCUCCGCAACAUGACCAUUAUCGGUGCCCGCGCCACCAAGAGCUCGCCCAACGGGCCGGCCGGGCUACGGGUCACCGGCAGCGGCUCAAUGCUAGUAUUGGAGGACGUGGUCGUCAGCCAUGGAUCGGCUCUUCCCAUCGCCGGCGCCGUGUUUCAACUCAAUCGCGGCAUCGGCGGCGGCGUGCUUGUCGAGACUGGUGGGAGCCUGGUAGCGCGGCGAUGCAAGUUUGAGAACAACGUAGCGAGCGCUGGAGGUGGCGGUGUGGCUGCUGUUGGCUCGGAUGUGGCCAUCGAGAUGGAGGACGUAAUUCUGACCGGCAACGCUGUGGCUAGUGGCUCUGGCGGUGGCAUCCUGCUGCAGAGCAACGCCGCCGGGGCGGCACGAGUCGUCUUGACUCGCGUGACGCUCUCGGACAACUCGGCCGGCGGCAUCGGAUCUGGUGGCGGACUCGCCGUCUCGUGCAUCGCAGCAGCGAGCUGUGAGGUCACGCUCACCGACUGCCGCGUGGCCGGCAACUCGGCGGAUGCUGCGGGAGGCGGCGUGAUGGCGGCAGGGACGCGGGUGGUCGGGAUGCUCAACGCGACGAUGAUCGAGUCUAAUACUGCCGGCUAUGGCGGCGGACUGGCGAUCGUCACGGCGCCGGUGUCUGUGCCCGCACUCCUGCCAGCAUCUUCGCUGAUACCCGAAGGCGUGCCGGCGUCCAAGGUGAGCGGCGCGAUGCAGAUAGUCGGCCCAGGGUCAGCGCUGCGCGGCAACAUGGCCGUCUUUGGCGGUGCCAUGCUUGUGUGCUCCGUGCCGGUCACCUUUGAUGACGUCCAGCGUGCAUCGCUGGACGUUUCAGGCAACUCGGCGAGCGUCGGCGGCGGCGCGGUCUUUGCCUGCCUCCCGGCCGGCUCACUAGCGGCGGGAUCAGGGGCGCGGCUAGAUGCGGCUGGCCUCCCAUGGCUCAAGCUCUACAAUCGCGCGCUUGGUGCCUUUCAGAGCGUCGAAGAGGUGUUUGGUCCGUUUGUGGAUGGCAGCGCGCUCUACGGACAGGUCCUCGCCUCACCACCGCAUGUCCUCGAGUGGAUGGCGUCUCGCGGUAGAUACUCGCCAGUGCUGACGCAAUCGUCGGGCAUCGAGCUCGGCGCCACAGCUCAGAUCUGGCCGAUAGACGUGUUUGGUCAGGAGCUUGUUGAUCCGGGCAUGACGAUCGAACUGGAGCUAGUGGCGCCGGGAACGGGCUUCCAGCUCUCUGGCGGCGAUCGGUCCAAGCCGAUGGGCAGCUCGUCGCCAGUUUCAUUCGCGGACGUGACCGUGGAAGCGUUGGACGGCGACGUGCUGCGGGGCACGCCACCGGUGACAAUCCACGCGCGCGUAUUGCCCGCGCAGCAGAGUCCCGUGGGCGUGCUGCAAGCGAACAUCUCGGCGUGUAUGCCUGGAUUCGGCCGGCGGUCUCCCGAUGGCGCGCCGAUUGUGUGUUCGAUCUGUCUCGAGGGUACGUACUCGGCAGAGCUCUCCACUGCGCCAUGCCUCUCGUGCGACGACGGCGCGUCCAACUUUGGCAUCGGGGCCACGAGCUGUGAAGCGUGUCCGCGAGGAACGGAGCGCGACUUGUCUGUCGUCAACACAACCGACGUGACGGCCGACGGUGGCAUCAACUUGCCGUGCACAUGCUCGCCGGGCUUUUACUCGCCGCAACGCAAGAAGGAUGUGGCGUGCGCGCCGUGUCCUACUGGCGGAGUAUGCGAUGGCAAGCUCAAACUCCCCUAUGCGCAGCCCGGGUACUUUCCCGGGAGUGAUGGCACCUUUGCCGCCUGCCUCAAGGCCGAUGCCUGUCUGGGAGGAGAUCCGUUCCGCUGCGCGGGUGGCUCUGAAGGCCUGCUCUGUGCCGAGUGUGUCGAUGGCUACUACGUCGACGCCAGCGGUGACUGCCACAAGUGCUCUGAUGCCUCGACAGUCUUCCUUGUCCUGUUUUUGCUGGCAUUCCUCGCCUUUGUCUCGGCCGCCGUCUUUGCUGCGCUGCGUCAGGACAACGGCGGGAGCGCGCCUCCGGACACAGGCCUCGCACUGCACACCAGCAAGAUCCCCAUCAGCAUCACCAUCGCCAUUGUGUUCUUUCAAGUAGUAGCCGUGGUCGGCGCGACCCUGUUCCGAUGGCCGAGUGAGGCUCAGGCAGUGCUGCUGUGGUUCGGCAUUUUUAAUUUCGACUCGAGCGCGGCCUUUAACGAGUGCUCGCUCUCCUCGUACUACGCCAAGUACACGCUGGCAUGCAUGCUGCCUGCUGUCUUUAUGCUAGCAGUCAUCACUGCACUCGCGCUAAUCCGCAUGUGGCGGGGAGUCCAGAUCAGCAUCGGGCUUGCCGUCACGCGUAUGAUCCUGGUGGUUGGCCCGGUGGUGUACCUGACGCUCUCGCGGACAGUCCUCUCUCUCUUCGACUGCACCCAGCUCUUUGACGGCGUGUGGUCGCUCGAUGCCGAUCGGCGGCACCAGUGCUACAACGCAACGUGGUGGGCAGUUGCCUGGCUUGGAGCUAUCUUCGUUCUGCUCUACGUUGUCGGCAUCCCGGCGUAUUGUGCCUUGGUUGUGUGGCGAUCGCGACGUGAGCUCUAUCACCAUGAGACUAUGCAGGCCAUCGGAGGCUUCUAUCGCUCCUACCGGCGGCACUACUACUGGUUUGAGCUGGUGCAGCUUGGGCGGCGGCUGUGGAUCGCAUGCGCCUCGCUCUUCUUCUCGACGCUGUACUCGUUCCAGUUCCUGCUGCUCGGCGGUGUCUUCUUUGCCUCGACGCUCGCCUUUCUCCGGCUGGAACCGUACUUUCUCCCGAUGUACAACACGCUCGAGGCGCGGCUGAACGCAAUCCUUGUGGGCAUUCUCGUGCUGGGCAUCAUGUUCCACGGCGCGAUGUUCAGCGCCGGCCAGCGGACCUUCUUUACCGUUGUCAUCAUCCUCCUUGUCGCCGCCGCUAUCGUCCUGCUCGUGGUGGUCUUUGUCCGCGAGCUCAGGCUCGUCGCCGCGCUACGCAAGGAGAAGAAGGACUCGGCAGGCGAGACCGGCGGCAUUCAGCUGCACUCGAUCCGUGAGCAGGAGUUCUGGGAGUUUGUCCGCCGCGAGUGCGACGACUUUGAGGAUCAGGCCGUCAUCGCCAUCCUCCAUCAGUUCGAUCCUGCCCGACGCGACGACGACCGUAGUCUCGGCUUGUAG